GCAACUUCUGUGCUGGUGGUAAAACUUUAAUUACCUUGAAAGAAAAAGGCCCUGCAGUCUCCCCCACCCUUUCUGGUCAAAGCCCGGCCCAAGCGCGACCGUGAGAGAAAGUUUAAAAGCGGGCACUUUCCUCCCCGCCUUCCCCGCGGAGGGUUGGGGGUAUCUGUUUGUCCGUCUGCGCUCGGAGAGAGGUGGGGGUAACGAGCCGUCCUCCGGGGUCGCGAAGAUCGUGGCUCUUACCCCACCCUUCCACGGGGAGACGAAGACCUCCAGAAGAAGUCUUGAGGGUGGACGACAGUCUUAAAGACCAUCAGACAAUUAUUUCUUCACUGCAACUAGGUUAAAAAAAAAUCAUGACUGAAUCUGCCUCUAGCACAAGUGGUCAAGAGUUUGAUGUAUUCAGUGUUAUGGAUUGGAAGGAUGGAGUAGGUACAUUACCAGGAAGUGAUUUAAAGUUCCGUGUAAAUGAGUUUGGCGCCUUGGAAGUUAUUACAGAUGAGAGUGAGAUGGAAAAUGUUAAAAAAGCAACAGCUACCACAACUUGGAUGGUACCAACUGCUCAAGAAGCCCCGACCUCUCCCCCGAGCUCCAGGCCCGUAUUUCCACCUGCCUACUGGACAUCUCCACCUGGAUGUCCCACAGUCUUUUCCGAGAAGACUGGGAUGCCUUUCAGGUUGAAGGAUCCAGUGAAAGUAGAAGGGCUUCAAUUCUGUGAGAACUGUUGUCAGUAUGGCAACGUAGAUGAGUGUCUUUCUGGAGGAAACUAUUGCAGCCAGAAUUGUGCUCGGCAUAUCAAAGACAACAGAGAUCAGAAGGAAGAAAGGGACGUGGGAGAAGCCAAUGAGGAGGAAGAUCCUAAGUGUAGUCGGAAGAAAAAGCCAAAGUUAUCUGUGAAAGCCGACUCCAAGGAGGAGGAAGAGCGAGAUGAGGAGACGGAAAACAAACAAGAUGGAAGAAUCCUGAGGGGUUCGCAGAGAGCCCGAAGGAAAAGGCGAGGUGAUUCGGCUGUAUUAAAGCAGGGUUUGCCUCCUAAAGGAAAGAAAGCUUGGUGCUGGGCGUCCUACCUGGAAGAGGAAAAAGCUGUGGCAGUGCCAGCAAAGCUGUUCAAGGAGUAUCAGUCUUUUCCAUAUAACAAAAAUGGGUUUAAAGUUGGCAUGAAAUUAGAAGGCGUGGACCCUGAGCAUCAGUCCGUGUACUGCGUCCUCACUGUGGCUGAGGUUUGUGGAUAUCGGAUAAAGCUGCACUUUGAUGGAUAUUCUGAUUGUUAUGACUUCUGGGUAAAUGCAGAUGCUCUGGAUAUUCACCCAGUUGGGUGGUGUGAGAAAACCGGCCACAAACUCCAUCCUCCAAAAGGGUAUAAAGAAGAAGAAUUUAAUUGGCAGACUUAUCUCAAGACAUGCAAAGCUCAGGCUGCUCCCAAGUCAUUAUUUGAAAAUCAGAAUAUAACAGUGAUCCCAUCAGGCUUUCGAGUUGGAAUGAAGCUUGAAGCUGUAGACAAAAAGAACCCUGCAUUCAUCUGUGUUGCUACGGUAACAGAUAUGGUGGACAAUCGUUUCCUCGUACAUUUUGACAACUGGGAUGAGAGCUAUGACUAUUGGUGUGAAGCCUCUAGCCCACACAUUCAUCCAGUUGGUUGGUGUAAAGAACAUCGAAGAACCCUUAUUACUCCUCCAGGUUAUCCAAAUGUGAAACAUUUUUCUUGGGAUAAAUACUUAGAAGAAACCAAUUCUUUACCUGCUCCUGCAAGAGCUUUCAAAGUGAAACCUCCACAUGGAUUCCAGAAAAAAAUGAAGCUUGAGGUCAUAGACAAAAGAAAUCCCACGUUUAUUAGAGUAGCAACAGUUGCAGACACGGAUGAUCACCGAAUAAAAGUUCACUUUGAUGGCUGGAAUAGUUGCUAUGAUUACUGGAUAGAUGCAGAUUCUCCUGAUAUUCACCCCGUCGGUUGGUGUUCAAAAACCGGGCAUCCUCUUCAGCCUCCUUUGAACCCCUUAGAAUUAAUGGAAGCCUCGGAACACGGUGGAUGCUCAACCCCGGGAUGUAAAGGGAUUGGCCAUUUUAAGAGAGCAAGACACCUGGGCCCUCACAGUGCUGCCACCUGUCCCUAUUCAGAAAUCAAUUUGAAUAAAGACCGAAUUUUCCCAGACCGCUUAAGUGGUGAGAUGCCUCCGGCUAGUCCAUCAUUUCCAAGAAGUAAAAGGGCAGACACAAAUGAAAUCUCUUCAUCUCCUGAAACCAGAGACCAGCAUGCUGAUGAUGUCAAAGAAGACUUUGAAGAGAGAACAGAGAGUGAAAUGAGGACAUCACAUGAAGCCACAGGUGCCCGGGAAGAACCCAGCAUACAGCAGGCACAGCGGCGGUCGGCGGUCUUUCUGUCCUUUAAGUCCCCGAUUCCGUGUCUGCCCUUGCGCUGGGAGCAGCAGAGCAAACUUCUCCCAACUGUAGCCGGCAUCCCUGCCAGUAAAGUUUCCAAAUGGAGCACAGAUGAGGUGUCAGAAUUCAUACAGAGCUUACCUGGAUGUGAAGAACAUGGAAAGGUAUUUAAAGACGAACAAAUUGAUGGAGAAGCAUUUCUACUUAUGACCCAAACAGACAUUGUGAAAAUUAUGAGCAUUAAGUUGGGCCCUGCUCUCAAAAUUUUCAAUUCUAUCCUGAUGUUCAAAGCCGCAGAGAAGAACUCUCACAAUGAACUUUGAAGAUGGUGAAUUUUGAACACCAUCAGCUUUCUGCUUUAAAGCUCAUGUUUUACUCAAAGCACAAAGACAGUUGUAACUCCUAAGUGAGAAGUCUCCAAAACUCUAAAGAGCAAUGCUGUCAGAUUAUUUAUAUUCCUUAAGAGGCAAUACAUAUGAAUUCUUAAAAAAGUGCUUGAGCUUUUAACCAGGUACUGUCUAACAACAGUACAACAGUCGUCUUUCGGUUCUGUUCACUGAGCUAAAUUUAUCUUUGUAAAUCUUUUUGAGGCUGGGGGGUGGGAGGGAAGGGGGACUUCAUUAAUUAUUUAUGGAAAAACCGGGGUGUGGGGGGAGGGCAGAGUAAGAACUUUUGGCAUUUUGUAAACAUUGUUGAAUUCUCUUUCAUGUACACUGUUUCUUUUUCAAUACUUUCAGGAACCUUUUUAUAUAAUCAAACUUCAACUUAAACCAAAUUCGUGAAAACCUGGCUCACUUUAGCCAGUGGGACUGUUAUCUGUAUUGUUAAUUCUGUGCCAUAUUUUGAAUUGCAACAUUAUGCUAAGUAUAACUUUGCAAGUCAUGAUAUUGCCUAACUGCUUGUCAUAAUUUGUUGGAGCUGAAUAGUUGUAAAAAUUACCUUUCUUUAAAUCAGUGUUUUUACUUUUGCACGCAGUUAUGAAAUGUUAAACAAAUUACUUUUCACCAGCAUCUUGACUUAAUUACCAAAAACGUGUAUAUAAAUAAUGAAAUUGAAAAAUAAAAUAUAUAAACAUAAA